CCAUCAGGUAAAUACGACAUGGGGGCGCGUUCCUUAUGUCCGCUUCGGCUUCCGUAGUUGUGGUGGUCUGAAAAAUGUCUGCCUCCAUGUGACAACGUGAGUGGAGCAAACCAUAGACUUGAACUCGUUCAUUAGGAAGGUAAACAGCGAACAAUCAUCCAGUAUCAAUGUUACUUCGUCUGCUGGUACAUUGAAAAAAAACUUCACAUUAGUGUUCGUCCGAAGAAAACGCCACAGGAGGCGCUCCCUAUGUUGUUGUGUACCCCGCGGUUCAUCCCCUCCGUCAUCUCCCAUCACCUGACUCACAUCAGAAUACAUUUAGGAAGAAAAAAGCAGCGGUUGGCCGAAGGUAGUUUAGCCAUCACUAGAGGACUCGGAUCAAUGGAAACCACACCAUCCUCUACAGAUACCAAAGUCACAUCCAUGGAAGCCGAGAUGAACGCCGAGCCACAAGUCACAGCGUCCUUUGCACCGUCAUCGGAACGUCCAGACACGUCCACCGACCGGGAUAAGUUGAUCGAACUGUUGCCAGGGGAGACGGUGGUAAAGGAGGGCAAGGCGGCAAUACUGUUUCCCAGCGCAAAUGAAGUGUUUUACAACCCAGUUCAGGAAUUCAACAGGGAUUUGACGUGUGCCGUCCUAACAGAGUUUGCCAGGGAGUGGAUGGCUAAGAAGGGGGUGAAGCUGUUGGUGCCCGGGGAGAAGGAGAGGAUGGUGGUCUCUCUCUCCGAGGAAGAGAAGGAGAGCGCGAGUGGGCUGGCGGCGGAGGAGCAUGAGAUGGAGGAGGAGGAGGAGAAGGAGAAGAAAAAUGGAGAGGAAGAGCUCACUGCCACAGCGACCGCAGGCGAGAUAUGUGAGGACGGGCUGCGUGUGCUGGAGGGCCUCUCCGCCUCGGGCCUGCGCUCGGUGCGCUUCGCCCUGGAGGUCCCGGGCCUACGCAGCAUCACCGCCAACGACUUCUCCUUCAAGGCCGCCGCGCUCAUCUCCCGCAACGCCCGCUACAACGGCGUGGAGCACCUGGUGCAGACCAGCUGCAGGGACGCAAGCAUGUUGAUGUAUGAGAUGCGUGGGAAGAAGCAAUCCUAUGACGUCAUCGACAUUGACCCCUACGGAAGCCCCGCCUCUUUCCUGGACGCCGCCGUGCAGGCUGUCAGCGAGGGAGGGCUGCUGUGCGUAACAUGUACAGACAUGGCGGUGAUGGCUGGGAACAAUUCAGAGACGUGCUACAGUAAAUACGGAUCCAUGUCCUUAAAGGCCAGAUACUGCCAUGAGAUGGCACUGCGCAUCAUCCUGCACAGCGUGGAUCAGCGCGCAGCCGUGUACCAGCGCUACGUCCGGCCGCUCGUCUCCAUCAGUGUGGACUUCUACAUACGGGUCUUCAUGCAAGUCCACACGGGCCAGGCCGUGGUCAAGAACUCUGCUAGUAAACAGGCUCUGGUCUACAACUGUGUGGGCUGUGGCUCCUUCCACCUGCAGAGGAUGGGCAAGAAGACCCCCAAUGGAAAGCACAUGAAGUUUUCUGCGGCUACAGGGCCCCCUGUUGGUACCCACUGUGAACACUGUGGACAGAGACAUCAGCUCGGAGGGCCCAUCUGGGCAGAGCCCCUCCACGACGUGAGCUUCGUCCAGAAGGUCCUGAGCGCCGUGUCGUCCAACCCCUCCCGCUUCGGGACGGCCAAGCGCAUCGAGGGGAUGCUCAGCAUGGUCACGGAGGAGCUGGAGGACGUCCCGCUCUACUACACUGUGGACCAGCUGAGCAGCAUCGUCCACUGCAACACUCCCCCCCUGCUGCAGUUCAGGUCUGCCCUUUUGCACGCCAAGCACAGGGUCUCUCUCUCCCACGCCUGUAAGAACGCCAUCAAGACAGACGCCCCGCCCUCCGUCAUCUGGGACAUUAUGCGCUCCUGGGAGAAGGCCAAUCCCGUGAAGAGGGAGAAGUUGUCAGAGACUAGCCCCGCCUUCAAGAUCCUGUCGAAGGAACCCAGCCUCGAGGCGUGUUUCACGGUGAGGGAAGACGCCAACCCUCAGUCCAGGAAGCAACACCUGACCCGCUUCCAGGAGAACCCGCAGGCCUUCUGGGGGCCCAAGGCUAGGGCCCGGGCUAGUGGAGGCAUCACCACAGAGCUGGAUGAGAAGAGGAAGAUGUUCCAGAACAAGAGGAAGCACCACACUACAGACCUGCUCAGGCACAAACACCAGCCCUGCAAGAGGUUCAAAAAGGGCAUAUGCACACACGGAGACAAAUGCUGCUACUCCCACGACCCGGAGCUGAAGGACGCGAACAAGACUGACUGAACCACGCAAAUCAUGUACAGGUGUUGGUGAAUGCAGACAGAGUGCUGUGCUGUGAUGAUAUUCAUAUCAGGAUUCGGACCGAUGCAAAUGCUUUACCAUGAUAUCUAUAUCACAUUGGGUCUGAGUUUUCAGCUUUUAAUUUUUUUUGACUGUUGGGACAGUUUAAUAAAGCCCUUAAUCGAA